ACUGGGGCGCGGAGGCAGGUGGCGGCGGUGCUGGAACCGAUGCCGCUGCCUGCAGGAGUCGCUUUCGCCCGCCCCCGCCUCUCUGGGUGGCUUUGGCCGGCAGACACUGAGAACAGGCGGAGCCAGGGCGGCGUGGGUGAGGCCCUCGGGCGGUCUUGCCCGGCUUCUCGGUGAAGCUGCGGGGUCCGGAUGUCCGCUCUCCCCACCCCUUCCGCCCUCGUGAGACUGUUCUGCACGGGACCUCAGCCAGACGGGCUGGUCCACUGUUCCGGAGGCCAGCCCCAAGGAGUGAGGGCUGCGCGUGAUGGCCCAAGAAGGCCUCCUCAGAGCCCCGGCGCUGUGGAGGAGAUUCUAGACCGGGAGAACAAGCGGAUGGCAGACACCUUGGCCUCCAAGGUCACCAGGCUCAAGUCGCUGGCCUUGGACAUUGAUAGGGACGUGGAAGACCAGAACCGGUACCUGGACGGCAUGGACUCGGAUUUCACGAGUGUGACGGGCCUCCUCACGGGGAGUGUGAAGCGCUUUUCCACAAUGGCGAGAUCUGGGCGAGACAACCGGAAGCUUCUCUGUGGUGUGGCCAUGGGCCUGAUCGUGGUCUUCUUCAUCCUCUCCUACCUCCUGUCAAGGGCAAGGACGUGAGCCGGUGGGAGCUGGUUUCUGUAGGUACCUGGGACAACCAGGGUCUUCCUCUGCCUUGUGUCCUGGGCUCCAGAAGACCUAGCUACAAAAUACCCCUUCGAAGUGAUGAGCCUGGCUUAGGAAUCUUUUUCCUGUGUGGCUGGGAGCCUCUGACCCAGUAAGCUCAUGUUAGGUGGUCCCAUGUGUGCAAGGGGCCCAUCCCCAUUGGGUAACCAAGGCCCAGCUUCCUCUGCCAUCUUGGGUGCUAGAAGCCCUAGCAGAGCCAGGUUGGAGCAGAGCAGCUGGGAAUCCUGGACGUGACCACCUGUGACCAGCAGCCCUUCCCCCAGCCCUCAGGGUUCUGACGUAUUGAGGCUUCUCUGCUUGGUCUUGGUCUGGAUAAGGCCACGUCUGGUAUUCGAGGUGCCCAGAGCCGACACAGGAAGGGGUGUGACUGUAAACCUCGAAUCAUUGCUGUCACUUUCAGCCAAGAGUCCUUGAACCAGAGAUGGCUGUUGCUCCUGGCCAGGGCUGCCGGGUACUGGUGGACCAGCAAGAGUCAAGGGUCCUGCCGAGAGGUGUCUGCCUGCCGUCCAACCCCAUGGCUGGAGCCCGACCCUCAGGGAAGGGCAGUGGCUGUGCGUGGAGAAGUGAACUGUAGCAUUGGCUGAAGACGCGGGCCCAGGUCCUCCUGGUCUCCCUGUGUCCGGGAGCAGAAACUGACCUUUUCUCAGGAUUCAGGGUCUGUCCAGCACCGAGGCACGUUUCCAGGAGCCCAGAUCUCUAGAAACAGGCUCAUCUGGCAUGUCAGAGCCAGGCAGGGUGUGAGCAGGGGCCUCUGUGGGUACAGCCUGGAGGCUUCCAGGUAACGGCUUUUCAUAGGAUCUGUAGGUCGCUUUUUGAGGGUCCGCGGACAGUUUCCACCAAGUCUGGCCCUUCCACCUACAGUAUCUGCCCAUCUCUCCGUGGGCCCUCAGUGCCCACUGGUCAGUCUCCUGCUCACACGAAGUGAACUGCAGUUUCUUCCACACCAAUGGGUCUUUCUACCCCGCUGUGAGAUCUCAGUGUCUUCCCAUGAAGACACCUGUAAGAAACGAGUCAUCAGCUCUGUCCUUCCUGUCUUUUGUUCCAGUUCUCUGUCUUCCUGGUCACUCCCCUUCACUCUCUGAGGGCUACCGGCUCACCGGCCAUCUUCACGCAUACACAUGUGGUCGUAUGUCAGCCACAGCCUGCGCCUCUCGGGCUCCUGCCACCCCACCCUGCUCUGGUCUCUGGCCCUGGGCACCUCACCUUCUGGCCCUGCUGCUCCUGCUCCUCCUCUCUCUCUCCUUUGUUCUCCACCGAGCAGGCCUGGCUUGUCUCACACCCACCAUAAUGCCCUUCUCUUUUCCACUGUGCCUGGCUGGGCCUCAGCCUUCUGGAAGGGGAGCGUGCUACCUUCUCAUUUCCGAGCGCUCUGUUCUUACUGCCUCCAUCCCUCCAGUGUGUGCUUGUUUCUCACUCGGUGAGGUCCGCUUCCUUGCCUCCAUGGCUUCGGCUCAGCCGUCAGCUCAUCUCAUGUUGAAAUUUGUCACAGGGAUGUGCCCACUGUUCAUGAAGCUCAGCAGCUGCUGCCGUGUCGUGUUUCCAUCGGGUCACCACAGGCACUGCAGACACAUCAGACCUGAGUGUGGCAGCCGCCUGUUCUGGGCCUGCUAACCUGGCUUCCUGAGAAUAUGGCUCAGCCAUGGCUGCUGCUCCCCCCAGGAUGCUCUUACCUGCUGUGCCCACUUGUCUUGCCAGUGCAGACCAGGAAUUGAGGAUUUGCCUUUCAGAAUGACUGUCUCAAGAAGUGCUCUGCCCCCUCCGAGACCUCUGGUUGCUGUGUUCUUUCCUUGGGUCCCCACCUCUGCCUCCCCACUUCAUUUCCAUGGCUCUUGGCAGCUCUUCCAGCUAUUUUGGGGUUUGGGUUUUUGUUUCUGUCUGGUUUACUUUUUUGUUGCAUUAGGCUGAGUUCCUGAAUGCUGCUGCCACCAUGUCGGCAGGGUUUUCUGUGGGGCCUGCACCCUUCUGCUCAGCCCUGUGCACUCAGCACCUCCUCCUGUGGAUAAGUGGGGUUUGCUAAGUGGCCCUUCAGACUAAAACAGAAGAGGCCUUGGGGUCCUCUGUGCCGAGGGGGGGCCCCAAGUCAAGGACAAGGCAUUUGGUCGUAAAAACUUGGAAUAAACAGAUUCUCGAUUAAGUAAA